UUGCUCAAGACAUAGGUCUUAGUCAAGAGAAGGAGCUCACAGAUAAAACCUUUGAAUGGACGACUUCAUUUGUCUACUCUGCACAGUGUGUCCAACAGGGUUCUAGGCCAGGCCCUGGUAAUGUUAGGGAAUGAGGGCCUCACUAACAACUAGGUUGUAAGGUAGACGUUCAGAAAUAUACUGAUUGGCCAUUUGGACUUGAGAUAAAUAGACCUGCACACACAGCCUGAGAGAUCAGGUUUCUAAUUGGGUAACAUUGAGUGUUGAGUGAGUGGUUAAUUGACUCUAAGAUUUCUCCCCUAUAAAUUAGUUGUAAUAAUACCUGAUUUGCAGAGUUUCUAUGAAAUAUAAAUAAUUUCUUUGCAAAGCUGUGGGCAUUUCUUUGCAAAGUCAUUCUCACAUCAUGGUUACUCACAUGGACCAUAUUAUUAAUAUAGUACAAACUGUGGUUGACUAUUCAGUUUUUAUUGGCUUUAAAAUACAUACUUGAUCCACUGCAGUGGAAGAAACAGUUGUUUUCAUUAUUUGAAAUUUGUGCAACAGCACUGUAGAUAUUACUAUCAGAGAUGACACAUUGCUAACUUCACCUAAGUAUUAUAUUUCUGCUGCUUCUGUACAGGCAGCAUUUAGCAUGAGGAUUAUAGCAUGGUAGUCUUCUCUGCUUCCUGUGUGUGAAAUUUAGUUGAUUCUCUCAUAAACCAGGUUUCAGGGAUCCUGCAGCCCGUGAUGGGAAGGUCCGGUGAUCAGGGGCUGAGCAGUAAUGCCUGUUAGCUUGCCAAGGGGUGCAGAAGUAAGGAAUAUUGAGAACGGAGCACCCGGAAGUCUGGUAUACAGUAUUAGUCAGUGCUUUCUUGGAUUUGAGACAGAGUGUAGAUUCUUAAGGUUGAAGGUAUUGCCUGGAACUUUUUAUGCUUUUCAUUAUUAUGGGCAAAUUGAUUUCAGUAUUAGCUAAGCUUUUAGAGUUCAGUUAACUUACUUGCAAAAUGGGACUAUUAACUGUUUUUUUUUAAAAAAAAGGCCAACAAGAACCAAAGCAUAGUUUCUAGCUCCACACAGUUGGUAACUUCUCAAUAGUCUGCCUUUCUUCAUGAAUGGACGAAGAAAGAAGAGCUGCUGAGUUACAGAAAAACAUGACACAGGACUCAGUGGUCUUUGAGGAUGUUGCUGUGGACUUCAGCCAGGACGAGUGGGCUUUGCUGGAUCGUGCUCAGAGGAGACUCUACAGAGAGGUGAUGCUGGAGAACUUCCGGAACCUGGCCUCGCUAGGGUAUCCACUACAUACACCCUGUCUGAUCUUCCAGUGGAAACAAGAGGAGGACCUGGAGAUAACAAAGAGAGGGACUAUCCAUGGGGAGCACCAGGAAGGCAAGAAUUCUUGUUUGGAGACUCAACUUAAAAGUAAUGAAUCAGUCACUUCGCAAGAUAGUUAUGGAGAAAAAGCAUCCAAUCAACAGAGAAAAGAAAAAUUGAAAAAGGAUGAUUCCUGGUCAUCCAUUUUAUACAAAAACUGGGAAUACCAUUGCAUUGGUUAUAAAAACAAAAACCCCAAGAGACAUUUGAGAAGUAAUGUGGUGGAGGACAUCUAUGAACGUAACGAAGAAAAUCAAUCUGGACAAACCUUCAGCCAAAUUUCAAAUCUUAGUAUGCCCAAAAGAAUUACUGAGAUAAAAUCCUAUGAAUGCCAUGAAUGUAAAAAGGUCUUCACGGAUCAUUUAUCCCUUAAGAAUCACAUUGGCUCUCACACUGGAAGCAAACCCUAUCAGUGUAAGGAAUGUGGGAAAGCUUUCCAUUUUCUCGCUUGUUUCAAGAAGCAUAUGAAAACUCCCACAGAAGAGAAACCCUAUGAAUGUAAGGAGUGUACCAAAGCCUUCGGCUGUUCUUCAUUCUUUAGGGCACAUAUGAAGAUUCACACUGGAAAGACAAACUAUGAAUGUGAGGAAUGUGGAAAAAACUUUAGCUGUUCUUCAUCCCUCACAGAACACAAAAGAAUCCAUAGUGGAGAUAAGCCUUAUGAAUGUAAGGAAUGUGGGAAGGCCUUUAGUUGCUCCUCCUCACUCUCCAAACACAAAAGAAUCCAUAGUGGAGAUAAGCCAUAUGAAUGUAAGGAAUGUGGGAAGGCCUUUAGUUCUUCCUCUCACCUUAUAAUACAUAUAAGAAUUCAUACUGGAGAGAAGCCUUACGAAUGUAAAGAGUGUGGAAAGGCCUUCAGUGAAUCCUCAAAACUCACUGUACAUGUCAGAACACAUACAGGAGAGAAACCCUAUAAAUGUAAGGAAUGUGGGAAGGCCUACAAUUGUCCCUCCUCCUUAAGUAUCCACAUGAGAAAACAUACUGGAGAGAAACCCUAUGAAUGCCUGGAAUGUGGAAAAGCCUUCUAUCUUCUAACGUCUCUGAAUACCCAUGUGAAAAAUCAAAGUAGAGAGAAACCUUAUGAAUGUAAGGAAUGUGGAAAAGCCUUUAGUUGUCCCUCAUCCUUUAGAGCACAUGUGAGAGAUCACAUAGGAAAGAUACAAUACGAAUGUAAGGAAUGUGGGAAGGUUUUUAGUCGUUCCUCAUCCCUCACAGAACACUUGAGAACUCACAGUGGAGAGAAGCCUUAUGAAUGUAAGGAAUGUGGGAAAGCCUUUAUUAGUUCCUCCCACCUUACAGUACAUGUAAGAACUCAUACUGGAGAGAAACCUUAUGAAUGUAAGAAAUGUGGAAAAGCCUUUAUUUAUCCUUCAGCUCUUAGGAUUCAUAUGAGAACGCACACUGGGGAGAAACCCUAUGAAUGUAAGGAAUGUGGGAAAGCCUUUCGUCAUUCUUCAUACCUAACUGUACAUGCCAGAAUGCACACUGGAGAGAAACCAUUUGAGUGUCUAGAAUGUGGGAAAGCCUUCAGUUGUCCCUCAUCCUUUCGAAGACAUGUAAGAAGCCACACUGGAGAGAAACCAUAUGAAUGUAAGGAAUGUGGGAAAGCCUUUGUUUGCCCUGCCUACUUUCGAAGGCAUGUAAAAACUCACACUAGAGAAAACAUAAAUGUAAGCAGUAUGGGAAUGUCUUCAAAGCUUUUCAAAUCUUAGGCAACAUGUGAGAUCUCACACUGUGGAGACAUCCUCUUACUAAGAAAGGAAAUUGUCGCUCAUCUUUAUGAAGUCUUGAGAAUUACAACUGAGUGAAACCCUUUGUAUGUAAACCAUGUGGUAACACCUUCGUGAAUAUCACAUUUUAUUCAUCAAAAUUCAUAAGAAAUAAGUCUAUAAGAAAAUUUAUACUAGAAGCAAAGAUCAGUGUCUUACCCUUAAUGUGGAAUGUUGGCUCAAUGAUUUCUGGUUUUUAGUUACGUAAUUUAAAAAAAAAUUAAAUUAUUUAUUGAUUUUAGAGAGAGGAAGGAACAGGGAAAUAUUGAUAAGAGAGAGAGAUCAAUUUGUUGUUUUAUUUAUUUAUGUAUCCAUUAGUUGAUUCUUGUAGGUACCCUAACGGGAUUGAACCCACAACCUUGAGGUAUCAGGACAGUGUUCUAACCAGCUGAGCUACCUGGUCAGGGUUCUGGUUUUAAUUUUCUGAAAUGAAUAUUUAGGGUGAUAAAUUUCCCUCCAAUACCUUUUAGCUCUAAUAUGUUUUAUUCUGAGGUGCUUUUAUUUUGGUUCAGAUGUAAAUGUUAUUUCCAUUACUAAGUCUUAAAGUGUAUUUUUUCACAUGCAGGCAAAAGUGGUCCUUUUUUAAAAAAAAAAUUAGUUUCUGAUAAACUCUCAUUGCUCUCUAAGUGUGCAGUGGUUAUGGUAUGGACUCUUGUAUUUGUAAUUUCUUUUGUAACUUUCUUUUGUAAUUGGUAAUUUCAUUUUGAUCUAGUACAACAGAUACUGCAAAUUGCCUACUCAAUAUUUUCCCCCUUUUUACUAAGAAGUUACUGUUUUUGAAGUUAUCAGUUUUUACUACUCAAAGCUUUUUCUGUCUAAUAAGUAAUUUCAGCAGAAAUUAAUAAGUGUGAAGGUCUUGAAAGAAGUGUCUCAUCUGAUAUGUAGUUUUUGUGUUUUGUUCUUUGGCCUUGCUCAUGGCUGGGAAUUGGACCCAAUGUUUUCAGAGUAAAAAGAUCUUGUGACAAGAAAACUGGAAGUAAAGCUGGUUGGGCUGGCCUCUGUGUGUUCAUUUGGGCAUGGCUGGGACUUCACUUCCCAGAAUCACUUCCUUAUGCAGUUCCAGGUUAGAGUUGUCGAAAAUAGUUUGUUUGAUCAUUAGAAGGCAGAGGAUAGAAUCCCUUAUUUUUAGUUUAGUGGGACCAUGAGACAGGGAGACAGAUGCAUAAGUGCCUGUGGGCUCUAAUUUCCAGUUAUUUUCCUAAUUAUUGGUCUUACCAAUCCAUAUUGGUUCAAAUGCAAUAGUAAGUGCUUAAGUUUCCUUACAAGCAGUAGUUCUACGAACAUCUCUGUAAGUUUCUCUAUCAUGGCUGUAUAUAGUCUCUUAGAUUUUUUGGCAAGUUUUAGCAUUAUCAUUUUGCUGAUUUAUUACAGUCCCCCAAUUGGCACAUCAAUUGAUUAUAUAGAGUUGGCCCCAGUUUGGAGCAGCACUGUUAUCUCUAUAGUCCAGUCCCAUUAUGUCAGUCUGCCCAAAGGGGAAGAUACGUCUAUGUAAGUUCAUUGUGAUCGCAAAACAAGAAGAGCAACCACAAUUUUGACUUUUAUUACAAUUUAUUAGGAUUGCUUAUUUUUGAUCUCUAUAAAUAUGUUAAAAUGCAAUAUGUAUAGUUAUGUGUUUGGCUUUUCUCAACAUAAUGUCUCUUUGCCUUUUAAUUGUUCUUUUGGCAGACUUACCCUUAUUUCUCUUGGUAAAUGCUUUGUACGUGAAAAUAAGAUUAGUAAAUCAAAGGGUAGACUUCAUGUUUAGUUUAGUAGGUAUUCCGCUUUUUCAAAUAUGUUUAUUCCACUUAUAAUUGUAAAAUCAAUGCAUGAAAAUUCCAAUUGUUCCAAAUAUCUGGCCAGCACUUUCUAAUUUUAGCCAUUGAAUGAAAGAUACGGUAACAUAUUUUUUUCUUUCUUUUUAAAAUUGUUGACAAUAUUACAGAUGUCCUCCAUUCCCCCCACCUGCCCCGGUUUACCCACUUCCAUCCAGCCCCCACUGCCCUCCCUCUGGCCAUCGCCACACUGUUCUGUGUCUAUAGGUUAUGCAUAUAUAUUCUUUCAUCCAGUCCCCCUACCUGUUCCCUCUGACAGCUGUCAGUUUGUUCCAUGUAUCCAUGCCUCUGGUUCUAUUUUGUUCAUCAGUUUAUUUUGUUCAUUAGAUUCCACAUAUAAGUGAGAUCAUAUGGUAUUUGUCUUUCUCUGUCUGGCUUAUUUCACUUAGAAUAAUAAUCUCCAGGUCCAUCCAUGCUAUUGCAAAAAGUAAGAGUUUUCUCUUUUUUACGGCUACAUAGUAUGCCAUUGUGUAAAUGUAACAGCUUUUAAGAAAAGAUUUUUAAAAAUUGAUUUGUAGAGAGAGGAAGGGAGAGGGAAAAAGAGAAAGAAACAUCAAUGUGAGAGAGAAACAUGAAUCAACUGCCUCCUGCACAUGCCCCCCGCCCCCUUCACCAUCAAGGAUGGUGCCUACAACCUGGGCAUGUGUCCUGACUAGGAAUCGAACUGGCAACCCUUUGGUGCAUGAGUUGAUGUCCAACCAACUGAGCCAAACUGGUCAGGGUUACCACAGCUUUUUUAUCCACUCCUGAUGGGCACUUUCCAGACCUUGGCUAUUGUAAAUAACACUGCUGUGAACAUAGGGGUGCAUAUGUCUUUUCUGAUUGAUGUUUUGAGAUUCUUAGGAUAUAUUCCCAGAAGUGGGAUCACUGGGUCAAAAGGCAGUUCUAUUUUUAAUUUUUUGAGGAAACUCUAUACUGUUUCCCACAGUGGCUGUACCAGUCUGCAUUCCCACUAGCAGUGUACCAGGUUUUCCUUUUCUCCACAUCCUCACCAGAACUAGUUGUUUGUUGAAGUGUCCAUUCAGGUUCUUUGCCCAUUUUUUAAUCAAAUUGUUUGUCUUCUUGGUGUUGAGUUCUAUAAGUUCUUUAUAGAUAUUGGAAAUUAACCCUUUAUCAGAUGUAUUAUUGGCAAAUAUGUUCUACCAUACAGUGGGUUCCCUUUUUAUUUUGUUGAUAGUUUCUUUUGCUGUGCUGAAGCUUUUUAGUUUGAUGUAGUCCCAUUUGUUUAUAUUUUCCUUUGUUUCUCUUGUCCUAAUAGAUGUACAGGUGAAAGUACUGCUAUUAUGAAUUGUCUGAAAUUUUACUGCCUAUGUUCUUCUAGGAUUUUUAUGGUUUUGCAACUUACUUUUAAGUUUUCUAUCCACUUUGAAUUUAUUCUUGUAUAUGGUGUAAGUUGGUAGCCUAGUUUCAUUUUUUUUUUUUUGCAUAUACCUGUCCAAUUUUCCCAGCACCAUUUAUGGAAGAGACUGUCUUUACUCCAUUGUAUGUUCUUGCCUCCCUUGUCAAAUAUGAAUUAACCAUUGAGAUGUGGGUUGAUUUCUGGGCUCUGUUCUGUUCCAUUGGUCUGUAUGCCUGUCCUUGUGCCAGUAGCAGGCUGUUUUGAUGACAGUGGCCUUGUAGUAUAAUAUUUGGUGUUGUGAUCCCUCCAGCUUUGUUCUUUCUUAAGAAUGCUGAUGUUAUUUGGGGCCUUUUUUUGGUUCCAUGUACAUUUUUGAAAUAUUUGUUCUAAGUCUGUGAAAUAUGAGUUGGUAUUUUAAUAGGAAUUGCAUUGAAUCUACAGAUUGCUUUGGUAGUAUGGACAUUUUAAUGAUGUUAAUUCUUCCAGUCCAUGUACAAGUUUUUUUUUCUCCUUGGUUAAGUUUAUUUCUGGGUACCUUACAUUUUUUGUUGCAAUAUUAAAUGGGAUUGUUUUCUUACUUUCUCAUUCUGAUAGUUCAUUAUCUGUAAUAAUAAAAGGGUAAUAUGCUAAUUAGACUGGACGUCCGGAAGCUGCGGCUGGAGUGAAGCCCGGGUUUCGGGUGCCUCCUGCUGGCUAUAGGGAAGCCGCCCGGGUCCCGGGUUCUGGAGGGAAGCCGGUGCUGGUAGCAGGGAGAAGGAAGGCCUACUCUGGCACGAAUUUUUGUGCAUUGGGCCUCCAGUUGCUGUAUAAAAAGGCUACUGUCCAGGUGGCUCAGUUGGUUGGAAUAUCGUCCCAUACACCAAAAGAUAUGUGUUCGAUUCCUGGUCAGGGCACAUGCCUAGGUUGUGGGUUCGAUCCCCCUUUCGGGCACAUAUGGUAGGCAAUUGAUCGAUGUUUCUCUCACAUCAAUAUUUCUCUUUCUUCCCUUCCUCUCUCUCUAAAAUCAAUAAAUGAUUGGGUGAAGAUUAAAAUAAAAUAAAAAUGUUACCAAUUUCUGAAUAUUAAUUUUGUAUCCUGCUACUAUGCUGCAUUCAUUUAUUAGAUCUAGUAGUUUUUUGGUGGAAUCUUUAAGAUUUUCUAUGUACACUAUCAUGUCAUCUGCAAAUAAUGACAGUUUUACUUCCUCCUUUCCAAUUUGGAUGUCUUCUUGUCUGAUUGUUGUGCCUAGGACUUCCAAUACUAUGUUGAAUAAGAGUGGUAAAAGCAGACAUCCCUGUCUUGUUCCUGAUAUUAAGGGAAAUGCUUUUAGAUUUUGCCCACUGAGUAUGAUGGCUCUAGGUUUUUCAUAUAUGACUUUUACUAUGUUGAAGUAUGAUUCCUCUGUUGCCACUUUGCUGAGGAUUUUUAUCAUAAAUGGGUGGUGGUUUUUUGUUUUGGUUGUAAUUUGUAUUGACAUGUAAUGAUAUUGAAUACUUUUUUAUGUGCUUGUUGGCUCUUCAGAUAUUUUUAAUGAGGGCAUCUGUUGAAGCAUUUACCCAUUUUUUUUUUUUAUUUGUAGGUUUUCUUUCUGGUUACUUGUCCUUUAUUGUAUGUGUGUCUAUCUCUAUAGUUACAUAUAUACUAGUAUACAUGCCAUAUAUUAUAUAUAUGUUAUAAUAUGUAUAUUAUAUAUACACAUAUUGCAGGAAACUUUUUGUAGUCUCUGGUUUGUGUCUUCACUCUUUUCAUAUUUGUUAGCUAUAAAGGGAAUCUGUUGGUUUGAUUACUGGAAAGUCCUUGGGUAUAACUGGUUUCAGGCAUGGCUAGAUCCUGGGGCUAAAAAAAUUAUCUGGAUGAAUUUUGGUUCAGUAUCUUGCUGUACAUCUUCCUGUAUUCGCUAUUUUUCUUGUCAUGCUGUCUCU